CAAACACGAUGGCCGCGGCGCCUGUGCAAGAGGUUAUAGAAAAUGUAUUAAAACUUCACAAAAUCAAAAGGAAGUGCAAUGUCAUUGAACUUUUUCUGGCUAAGGAAGGACUAACAGAAGUUCCUGAUUUGUCAAGAUUUAAACAGUUGCAGUACUUGUGGUUAAAUCAUAACAAGAUUAAAACGAUAAGUUCCCUGAAAAUGAAUUGGUGCCUCAAAGAACUAUAUUUACAAUACAACAUGCUCCUUGAUUUAACAGGUUCUCUGAAACACUUGACAUCCUUACAAAUAUUGCUGCUGCACAACAACAGGCUUACUAAGGUGGAAAUGAUCGUAGCAGAAUUAAAGAAAAUGACGUGGUUGCACACAUUAAAUAUAUUCAAUAAUCCUUUGACGCAAGAUAAAGAUUACCGCUUGUAUGUAAUCUACCAUCUACCUUCAGUGAAGCUGCUUGAUAGGCAAUAUGUAUAUCAGAAAGAACGGGAAGCUGCUUUGGAUUUCUGCAACCAAGACCGAAUGCGAGUCCGUCAAUCAUUGGCAUUUGGGCAGAGGAUACAAACUCAUUUACUUAAACAGAAAGUAUUAAAGAGAGGUGGAAGUGCACAUCCAAGUUGGAUGUCAGCAGUUCCUCGCGGGAAAGGUAUUCUCAAGAAAACAAAAAAGAUCAUGGUGAAUGUCAGCAGUUCCUCAUCAGAAAGAGAUAUUUCAAAGAUUGAUGUUGUUCAACGAGUAAAGCAAAAAUCAAUGAUGGAGCAUUCCAUUUUUGACUGGAGCAAAGUGCCCAAUGCACAGCAGAAACGCCAGGGAGAUGAACUGACAGUAACAUCUCAGAUCAUUACUCAAUUCAGAUAACCGCGAGAAUUUAAAGGGAAAUUCCACAGUAAAAAAAACACACUGGAUGUUUUAAAAUAGCUUGUGUUCCAAAGAGAAUAAAUGACAUAACCUUGAGCACGAUUAUUGCUACUGUUUGACUACCAUCUGAACAAUUAAAUGACAAUUUCCCCAAAUUAUCUCGACAAUUAAUUUGUGAUUUUAUUAUUUUCCACUCUCUUGUAUUGGCACAUUCUUUUGUUCAACUGACUGCAGAAUUUAUGUGAUUUUAGUCUAACAUGUUUUUGUCUUGUCCUGGGAGUCUAUGUGCCUGUGAUGCUGUCGUGAGCAAGAGUUUCAUUGCACUCUUACCUUAUACACAUAAUCAACUGGACCUGAUAUUUAUUUCCUGCAAAGUUACAAAUUUUGUACUCUUCUUUGAAAUAGAUAACUAAAUCAAGCACUUUCUGGUCAGAUGAUACUUUCAACACAAACUUUCUUACACUGCAAUAGCUUUAUAUUGCAGGUGCACAACCUUUUAUCCGAAAGCCUUGGGACCAGACACUUGUCGGAUUUCGGACAUUUUCGGAUUUCCGAAUGGAAGAUUUUUAGCGUAGAUUAGGUAGGUAGAGCGGGCGGCUUGAAAAGUCUGGAGCGACUGCCUCCUCCCCGGA